GAACUCCAUAACACAGGGGUACAGGAACAUCUGCGCUCUCACCACACAUACCACAGGCAGAGGGGUAGAGGGAAGGAUUUCCAAAAUGAUUACUAUCAAGGUUCCCUGUUCUUCCGCAAACAUCGGUCCCGGCUUCGAUGUUGUUGGCCUCUCACUCUCCAUCUGGCUAACUCUCCAGGUCAACAUUGUUACCACUACCACCACCACCGAUACAACUCCCCCCCCACACACCCUAAACUGCAACAUCACUUACGAGGGCGAAGGCGCUUCUCACGUCCCGCUAGCUGCCGACGCAAACCUCAUAACCCGCACAGCACUAUACGUCCUCAAAUGUCACGGCCAACGCACAUUCCCGCGGACUACGCAUGUCCACAUCGUCAACCCCAUCCCACUCGGUCGCGGUUUGGGCUCUUCAGGCGCUGCAGUCGUAGCAGGCGUUCUCCUCGCCAACUCCGUCAGCAAAUUAGGUCUUAGCAAGGACCGUAUGAUGGACUAUUGCCUCAUGAUCGAGCGACAUCCGGAUAACGUCAUGGCGGCCAUGAUGGGCGGGUUUGUCGGUAGUUAUCUUAGGGAGCUAGAUCCCGCCGAUAUGGAGAGGAAGGAGAUCCCACUUGCGGAAGUGUUGCCGGAACCAGCGGGGGGGAUAAAUACCGGGUUGAGGCCCCCCGAGCCCCCCCUCGGGAUUGGACACUAUAUCAAGUUUGGAUGGGCGAAGGAGGUUAAGGCUGUUGCUAUCAUCCCGGAUUUUGAGGUCUCGACCGCAACCGCUAGGGAGGUCUUGCCGGAGGUUUAUUCUAAGAAGGACAUGGCUUGUCUCUCGCCCAUAACUGGGACUUCUGGAAUAUUCAACCUACAAAGACUCGCUGUCUUAACCACCGCACUAACUCGCUCCCCUCCGGACGCGGAAUUGAUCUUCCAAGCGAUGCAGGAUAAAGUUCACCAACCCUACCGCAAGCACCUUAUCCCAGGACUCCCAGAAAUACUCGCCUCCGUAACCCCUCAGUCCCACCCGGGCCUCUUGGGAAUCUGCCUCUCCGGUGCGGGACCUACGAUACUGGCGUUGGCAACCCACAAUUUUGAACAUAUUGCGGAGAUGAUCAUGGCGAGGUUCAAACAGGAGGGUAUCACGUGUAGAUAUGAAUUGCUUGAGCCAGCGUACGAGGGGGCGCAGGUUAUCGAAUCUUAAUCUUGAGAACCUUUGUCCGUCCUUGUUAGAUGUUGAUAGAUGGGUGGAUAGAUGGCAGCUGUAUAAAGACGGGGAACAUGUGUUGAUAGAUUUUUUUCCCAUCCUUUCUUUGCUUUGCUGGCUACAGACACCUUUUAUUCUUGCACCGAGGGUUGCGGACGAUGGAGAUAUGGAAUUGUCGAGGUUCGAUUAGAAGGUGUGACGCGGGGCAACCAUGAAUCCAUUGUUUGUAAAGAA